UUUAGUAAGUAACUCCUCCCCUUCUGCUUCACUCCCGGUAGGACACGUGACGGCUUGGUGCAGCGGCGGUAACUGGCGGAAGAAGACCGUCUCCCGGAGGAUCAUGGAUCAGAAGUGGUUACUUUGUGCAGCCUUUCUAAUUGUUGGAUUAGUAACAAUAAAGGCACAUGGCGGAGACCAUCACCACCACGUCCAUCACGACGACGACCAUCACGACCACGACCACCACCAUGACCACCAUCAUGACCAUGAUCACGACCAUGAUGAUGGUUUAGACAUAGAUGACGAUUUGGAUGAUAUCAUUGAAGGCGAAGAGUCAAAGCCGGAGAUCAGCACUCCACCUCCUGCUCCAAAGGUUACAUACAAAGCUCCAGUCCCAACUGGUGAUGUCCUUUUUGCAGAGUCGUUUGACAAAGGCACAUUGGAAGGGUGGGUUCUCUCAAGAGCGAAGAAAGAUGACACCGAUGAUGAGAUUGCUAAAUACGAUGGCAAAUGGGAGGUUGCUGAGAUGAAAGAGAGUAAACUGCCUGGGGACAAAGGACUCAUUCUGCUGUCACGAGCCAAGCACCAUGCUAUUGGCAGCAAACUUAAAAAGCCAUUCAUCUUCGAUAAGAAACCUUUGAUUGUUCAGUAUGAAGUGAAUUUUCAGAGUGGAAUAGAGUGUGGUGGAGCGUAUAUAAAGCUGCUGUCUAAGACAUCUGACCAGAACCUGGAUCAGUUCCAUGAUAAAACGCCUUACACCAUCAUGUUUGGUCCUGACAAGUGUGGAGAAGAUUACAAGCUGCACUUCAUUUUCCGUCAUAAAAACCCCAAGACUGGAGAAUAUGAGGAGAAACACGCAAAACGACCCGACACCGACCUGAAAUCCUACUUCUCAGACAAGAAAACUCAUCUCUACACACUAGUCUUGAAUCCUGAUAACGGCUUUGAAGUCCUGAUCGACCAAACUGUGGUAAACAGUGGCAACUUGUUAACUGAUGUGAACCCCCCUGUUAAUCCACCCAAUGAGAUUGAGGACCCAGAUGACCAGAAGCCUGAAGACUGGGAUGAGAGGCCAAAAAUACCUGAUCCUGAUGCUGUCAAACCAGCAGACUGGGAUGAGGAUGCCCCAGCAAAGAUCCCUGAUGACAAUGCAGUAAGACCUGAGGGUUGGCUGGACGAUGAACCUGAGUACAUUGCUGACCCUGAUGCAGAAAAGCCUGAAGACUGGGAUGAGGAUAUGGACGGAGAAUGGGAGGCACCUCAGGUGGCGAACCCCAAAUGUGAGGCAGCACCUGGCUGUGGAGUCUGGCAACGCCCCACAAUUGACAACCCUAACUACAAAGGAAAAUGGAAGGCACCAAUGAUUGACAACCCCAGUUACCAGGGUAUCUGGAAACCACGCAAGAUCACAAAUCCAGAUUACUUUGAAGAUCUCGAGCCCUUCAAGAUGACUCCUUUUUUCGCCAUUGGUCUGGAACUGUGGUCCAUGACUUCUGAUAUCUUCUUUGACAACUUUGUUGUGUGCAGUGACCGAGCUGUGGCUGAUGAGUGGGGAAAUGCUGGCUGGGGCUUGAAAAAGGCUGCUGAUGGAGCUGCUGAGCCCAGCGUAGUGGGUCAAAUGAUGGCUGCAGCUGAGGAGAGGCCCUGGCUUUGGGCUGUCUACAUCCUGACAGUGGCUUUACCAGUCUUCUUGGUCAUUCUGUUCUGCUGCUCAGGCAAGAAGCAGCCAGCAGAUGUAAGGCACAAAAAAACUGAUUCUCCCCAGCCUGAUGUGAAAGAGGAGGAAGAAGAGGAAGAGAAGGAGACUAACAAAGAAGCCGCUCAAGACAAUGCUGAGGAGCCGGCUGAGGAGCAGACAGGUGAAGAGGGUGAAGGAGGUGCUGGACAAGGAAGCCAGGAAGAGGACGAAGAAGAAGAGGAGGAAGAAGAGGAGGAGGAGGAGGUGGAAGAAGAGGAGGAGCAGGAAGAACAAAAAUCUACAACUAAGGAAGAAGAAAUUUUGAACAGAUCUCCCAGAAAUCGAAAACCGCGAAGAGAUUAAACAUCUAGGAAAGAAAUCAAAUUUAGAACUUGAAUAUUUGGCAAAAUUAAUAUAUAUAAAAAAAAAAGUUUGCCGUUUCUACAGAGUUGCAACAAAAAACUGACCAUCACCCUGGUUCUCUAUUCACUGAAGCCACGAAAUGCUGUCACCCAUGCGUUGCAGCUGAAUUAAAACAGUGUGUCUAGAAUUUGCAGUCACCGAGGUGGCAGCAAAAUAAAAUCCAUCUUUUUCUGUAUUUAACCUUAGUUGACUUCUCUGUGGGGAUUUGCAGUGUAACGAAAACUAACUGUGCUGUUUGCUUGAUUUUAAAGAGCUUUUUAAAAGAACAAUAUAGUAUUGCCAAAAUCUUCCAAACUUCAGUGUAACGAAAUGUAUUAAUCCUAGAAAAAAAAAAAGAACAUUUAGGAAGCUAUCUUUAAAAAAUGAAAAGCAGAGAUUUUUUUUCCUUCCAACAUUAUUAGCACACUCUCUUUUGAGAGGUCAGUAGAUUUUUAUUAUUUUUUUUGUUUCCUUGUAAACAAGAGUAUCCCCCCCUGAAUACUGCAGUACAUUCUCAUUUGGUUCCAAAGGCAUGUUUCUAUCCUGAUUCCAUGCAUGCUGCCCUUGGUCUCUGGUAAAAGUGGGCCUUAUGGACCAAAACAAUGGUCCACUUUAAGCAGGUUCUAGAAUUGUGCCCCUCUCCUGUGUGCGUGAGCUUAUGUAAAUAUAAAUAUAUACAUAUA